AUGUCGGAACAAGAACGUAUACAAGAAUGUCUCAGGAAAGAAAUAAGGUCACUUCUUAUUUCCACCAAAGAUGGUUUGACUCCACAGCAGUUGGAAAAAGAGUACCUUUUGAUGGUUGGCAACCACUUACCGCUCCGAAUCCUUGGGUAUCGGUCCACUAUGGAGCUAGUGCUGGACAUGCCUGAUGUGGUUAGUGUCUGUCCCUGCGGGGAUGGUACAGUAAUACUGAAAGCCAUUCCAGAUGAAUCUACCAAAGGAAUUGCAAGUUUAGUUGCAAAGCAGAGGAGCAGCCAUAAGGUUCGAAGCUCCAUGCCAAAGGGAAGGGCUACUGUUUGCUCUGGGACAAGCUCUGGUCGAGUGCCUUACCGAGGAAGGGUGACCCCUAUUCUUCCAGCUGUUGUGAAGAGUGAGCUAAAAGACCUCUUGGCGUUGUCUCCUGUUCUCCUUUCUGAUUUUGAAAAGGCAUUUGCCAAGCGAUUUGGACGAUCGUUUCAGUAUGUGCAAUAUGGAUUCCUCUCGAUGUUCGAAGUGCUGAAUGCAGCUUCAGAUGUCAUUUCUGUAGAGCAGACUAGAGCGGGUUCUUUGUUGAAGCUAAAGAAAAGCAUAUCUGUGGAAAAGCAGAGAGGAUGGCCGGCAGGAAAAAUUUUUACCCAGCCAUUUAGAAUGAAACAACAUGGGUCAUAUUCUACAGGCUGCGUGGUGGCAAAGCCACGCUUUUCACAACACACGUCAAACAUGGAACCACCAAAGCAAAUACUGAACAUGGACAAGACUUCCACGUUCAAUGCAGUGGAGACUUCAAGGCUGAAUCACACUGAAAAAUUAAACCAGUUGGAGAACACGUUCAAAUCAGUCAUUGCACAAAUUGGACCUGGAGGGACCAUCAAUCCAGAACUAAAACAUAAGAUAAAAUUUGUUGUAUCUAAGUUUCCAGAGGGUUUGUUAAUUUCUAAACUUCUUGGGGAGUUUGAGGUAAUUUUUAAAGAGCAACUUUCACCCAAAAAAUUGGGAUUUUUAAAUGUGACAGAACUUGUUGGAGCUCUUAGUGACAUUCUUCGUGUUGAGUUCAGGGAAGGAGAACAAGACUUGCUAGUGUUUGAUGCUGAUAUGAGGCCGGUACUAACAGAUGGAGCUGUUUCAACAGUCAGAAAUUUAUGUUUAGUUCAACCAGAUAAGAAAAUGGAAGCCAAGGCUUGUGUCUCCAGUCCCCCUAGAAAUUCACUGUCUACUGCUGCUGUCAAGGAGACUGCAUGGGAUUGCCCUUUGAAGAACCAUAAAGAACCAGAACAGAAGAUAUAUAAGAAGCCUAAUCUGGUUGUAAAGCCUUUACAGCUGCAAGUAGGAAUAAGUAAAUCACAGCUCAGCUUGGCAAUGGCAAAUCAUGAUAUCCCACCAGAUGCUGUACAGGAGAAGAAAUUAUGCAGACUUCCACCAUUAGAUACCAGUACCCUUGUGGGGGUCUUUGUGGAGUAUAUUAUCUCUCCAAGUCAAUUCUACAUCCGAAUCUAUAGCAGGGAUUCAUCAGAGUUACUUGAAGACAUGAUGAUUGAAAUGCGGCGUUGUUAUUCUAACCAGCUGGUUUCUGAUCGAUAUAUCAUGCCAGAAUGUUUUGUCCAGCCGGGACACCUGUGUUGUGUAAGGAUUUCUGAGGAUAAGUGGUGGUAUCGGGUUAUUAUCCAUCGAGUCCUUGGGAAAAAGGAAGUUGAAGUAUUCUACCCAGACUUUGGAAAUAUCGGAACUGUUCAGAAGUCCUCUCUGAGGUUCCUCAAGUGCUGCUACACAAAGCUUCCUGCUCAGGCUAUCCCUUGCUCUUUGGCUUGGGUGAGACCCGUAGAGGAACACUGGACAUCCAGAGCUAUUUUGCAGUUCCAGAAGUUGUGUGGUCUGAAACCGUUAGUAGGAGUAGUGGAUGAAUAUAUCGAUGGAAUCCUUAACAUUUUUCUGUGUGAUACAUCCUCACAUGAAGAUGUCUAUUUCCAUCAUGUCUUAAGAGCAGAGGGCCAUGCUAUUGUAUGCCGAGAAAAUGUCCCUUCCAAGGGCUUCAGAGACCUAAAUCCUUUAGCUUUAUACACUCAACCCAGUGGAGGGCCAGAUAAAGUUGUCUUGACAGAACUGGGUUAUUCUUCUCAUCAGCACUAUUUUAAUGAAGACCGAGAGAUAAGUCCUCGAUCCAAAGAGAAUAUUAAUGAUGAAAAGUAUUUAAGUCAUCUUAAAUCUAUGUCAAAGGAGCCAUUAAAGGAUUCUGAAUUCAGUUCUCUGAAAACUCAAAAGAGCUGUGAAGAAGAUCUAAAGUGGUCCAUUCCAGAGCCAAAGGAUCUGAAGGAAGAAAAUGAGGAUGAGAUCCCCACUGGAAUGCCAUGCCUGGAGUCAGUGACCAUAGGUGAUGAUAUCUGGGAUGAGAACUGGCUACCACUGCAGGCUAAAAUAGGAAAAGGAGGUGAUGCUGCCUCCCAUUUAUUUACCUCAAGCCUUGGUGGAAAGAAACGGUGUCCUACAUGUGAAGAAAUGCCACAGAAGGAUUGGUGUUUUCCUACACCCAAAGAUAUAUGGGAUGAUUCCUGGCAGUCUUCAGGCCUUGUGAAUGGAAUGAAAGUAGAAAUUAAAAAACGAGAAGAGCUGGAUACUCAAGAAAAAAAUACUGGUACAACCAGAAUUCUAAAGCAACCAAACUUGAAAGGUUCUUUGGAUUCUUCCACACUGCCCAAACUGGAAGAGUUCUACAUCUCCCUUUUCCAGUCACAGCAGUCAGCAGAAGGGAGUCAGUUUGAGCCUAACAACAUCCAGACUCCAACAAAGCAAAUUCAGCUGCCCACAGCAGCAGCCAGCUCAGCUACUGUCGCGGCCGACGCCCCAGGAGAGCACUCUGGUUCUGUGGAGAGCUCUCCAGGGAGCCUAAAGAACGAAGAUCUUUCUAGUUGCCACGCCAUCGCAGUGUUCAAGGAUGAGAGUCAAGGAGCCAUGGACCAGCUGUCUUUGAUUUUGUCUCCUGAGCACAAGAUUUCUCAGAAGCUCUACAUUCCUCGAAGUACAGCCACAGCUGCCCUGGGAGCUGCCGCGCGCCUGGCCACGUCCAGGAGCCUCCUGCACUGGUACCCCAGUGUGAAAAGGGUGGAAACCUGAGGGGGGAGGGGCGGCGCACAGUGGCGCUUUGCUCAUCCUAAGGGACUCGAUAGCUUUGUUAUGCUAACUGUCCAUUUUGGUGUGUAAGU